AUGGGGCCGGGGCUGCUGCUCAGGGCACGGCAGGUGGCCAGAUCACGCUGCUUUCCUUGUCCCUUCUGCCCGGCCCAGCCGACUGAGCAGGUAUGGUGUGGAAAGAAGCACCCAGCUGACCUUCCUCCUCCCGCCUUCGACCAUGCUUGGCAGAGGGCACCCCCGAAGUCCUCUGCAGGUGGCGAACAGGCGAGCCUCGCCCACCGUGAGAGCGAAGGCGGGCCCGGCGGCGGGGCGCCGGGGGACGGCCGCAACCAGAGCACCGGCCCGCCGCGCCCCCCCGACGCCCACACCGCCCUCCCGGCGCACGACGCCGUCCUCGUCCUGGACCCCAGCCCCGCCGCCAGCUUCGGCCACCCGCUCCUCCUCUUCUACGUCGACUUCCACGUGAGCCCGCGCCGCUGCCGGAGCCGGGACCGCCUCUACCUGGGGAGCUAUGAGUGCUUGACACCUGCCCAGAGGAGCCGCUGUGAGAACCAGCUGAAGCGCAGGCCAGGAGGACGCAGCAAGGGAUGGAGCCAGCGGUCAGCAGGCCGGGUUCGCCGCGAGGAGCCGCCUGUUGGGCUCUGUGAGAUCCAUUUCCUGCCUUUGGUGGUUGUGGCACAGGAGGACCCUAAACAUCCACAAAAGCUGCACUGCAUGGACCUCCGUGGAUUCAGCCCGUGCCCUCGGCCUCUGCCCCUCGUCAGCUCCAGUUCCACAGCUGCCUACUGCGAGCUCAACAAGAAUACCCGGCGGUGUCAUCGCCAGCAGCUUCCAGUGUACAAGUCGUGCCGCAUGUAUCAGACGUGUGACCAUGCCGUGCUGAUAACAGGCGGUUGGCAGGAGCAGGUCACCUAUCCACACCAUGCCCACAACCUGCUGCUCUUCUACCAGAUGCUUCGAAGGAAUGGCUUCCGCCAAGAGCACAUCAAGGCCUUCUUUGCAAGUGAGGGGCAGACACCAGCAGCCAUGGAGGUGGGUGAUGUGCACCCAGCCACAGAGAAGCUGGCCAUUCGCUCGCAUCUAGCCUUGGUCUGCCGGAGCCUGCACUGCGCCGACUCGCUGGUGCUCUACCUCAACAGCCCAGCAGUCAGCGAUGGAACCAUACUGCUGUGGGAUGCCAACCACAAUGGCAUUGCUGACCCUAAGGAGCGGUAUCCCAUCUCUGAGCUCCUAGCUGACUUGGAAAGCUGCAAUGCACGCAGGGUCCUCCUCUUCCUUGACCAGAGCUAUCCAGAACCAUUGGCAAAGAAGCUGCGGGCAUCACGGCGCCAUGCCAAUGUGGUGCUAGUGCGUGGCAUCACCGCCAGCAGUGGAUCAGCUUUUGCUGAGUUCUGGGCAGGGCUACAACCUGACCAGUGCCUUCUCCAGCAUAUCUUGCCCGUGGGCCCUUGGUCAGCAGUCUUGGCCUCUGACACCUCAGCCCAGCUGCUCAAUGUCACAUUAGCAGGAGCACCUUGCCAUUCUGUGCCACCCCUGGGUGAGGAGGAGCGUCAGCGUCGCUACCAGGGCUGUCAAAAUCUGCCCACCAUGUUGUGGUAUCAGAGCAGGCACCAGCAGCAGCUGCAGCAGGAGGAUGACUGAGGUGGACGGGGCGCUGCGCUGGGUCUCUCCACUUGCUCUGUACCUAUGGACCCUUUCCCCGCUUCC